AAGUCUCAUAUAUCUUCCUCCUCACUUUAAAUCAUAUAUACUCAAUAAUAACAAGAUUGUGUAGUACUUUGUCAGAUAAAGAAAUGGCGAAGUUCACAACUUUCUUCUUCAUCGCUUCCCUCCUCCUCUGCUCCACGCUAACAUACGCAUCAGCCCGGCCCAUUUCAACCUCCGUUGAUGCGGAAGAAAUCUCCGUUGAGAAACUAGAACAAGAAGAGGUAAACUGUGAAGGUGUUGGAGAAGAAGAGUGUGUCUUGAUACGCAGAACUUUAGUUGCUCACACUGAUUACAUCUAUACCCAAAACCACAAUCCUUAAAUGAUUAGUUACUUUAUAAUCUUUUGAGUAAUUCCGGUAAUGAUAUUGUGUCAUUGUAAUUUCUUUAUUAUUAGUCAAACUUCAUCACAUUUGUAAUCAUCGCUGCCACUUAAUAUGAAUAUACUUGCGUUUUGAUUAUUA